GCUUCGACUCCGAAUUCCGCCCGGACACAAAUGCGACGUAACACAGGAAAUCGCCAUGAAGAUGACAGAGGAAAACAAUCCAAGAACGUCCAUGGAUGAUGUUAAAACACUUAUUAAAAAGAAAGAUGACAUCGAAGAGCAGAUUAAAGCUUACUACGACGUCCUAGAAGACCAAGGCGUCGGGCUUGAUGGUCCCUUAGUGGACGCGGAGGGCUACCCGAGAUCCGACGUUAACCUGUACCAGAUACGAACCGCCAGACACAAUAUUUCAUGCCUGCAGAACGACCACAAGGCCAUCAUGGUGGAGAUCGAGGACGCCUUGCACAGGCUGCACGCACAGGAGAAAGACAAGUGGCCGCACGACCAGAUGGAAGCUCUCGAGGAGCCCGUGGAGCAGCGGGACACCCUCCCGCCCGCCUUUGCGCGGGUGGAUGCCGUCACCCAGGGAUCGCCCGCCUCCGCGGCCGGCCUCAAAGUGGGAGAUGAAGUCAUCGAGUUUGGUUCCGUGAACACCGGCAACUUCCAGAGCCUACACAACAUUGCCUCUGUGGUGCAGCACAGUGAAGGGAAGCCGCUGCGAGUAAUGGUGGUCCGCGGGGGUCAGAGAGCCAACAUGAGCUUGACUCCGCAGCGGUGGUCCGGCCAGGGUCUGAUGGGGUGUAAGAUUGUCCCCAUGCCUCCACCAUGAGCUUCAAUGACCUCGUUGAUGAGCAAAUAAUGUGAAUUAAAUUCCUUUUCAAAUUCAGACACAAUGCUUUUUAUUUUAGUUUCUACAAAAGUAUUAAUCCCUGGGUCAACAUGAUUGAUAGAUGAAAAAUCAGAGUGGGUUAAACAUCCUUUUACAAAAAUUAGGAUGUUGAAGAAAAAUAAUCAUGAUGGUUUGAAUUUCUUCUUUUUGCCUUUGACCAUCUGUGGAAGCUGGAUUUUGAAAGCAGUCCUACAAAACACAAUUAUACAAAUUAAAUAUAAAAAUAUCAAUGUUAUUAAAAAGGAUUUUAAUUUAAAACAAAAAAUGUGUAUAUAUAUAUAUAUAUAUAUAUACUCACUCGCAGGUUGUACAGAUGGGGCUAAAGUUGCAGAAUACUGUGGUGGAGAAAGUAGUACAAGAUUAUCAACUAAAUUAAAAAAACCUCAGCCCGCCAAAAAUGAAGCUACUGCGGUUAUAGUGGGCCUUUUUUUCCCCCUCCUCAGUAAAAUACAACUAUACGCCAUUAUAAAUCUGACUUUAAUCUUGAAAAAUCUGACUUUAAUAAUAUUUUUUUUCUGGAAAACUAUACUACUACUGUCUUUUUUUAUUUUUUUUAUUUCUACUACUACUACUGUCUUUUAUUUUUUUCUUUAUUUCUUCUGGUUAGGACUUUUAGGGAAUUUGUUUGUAUUGUAAGCAUGAGAAGGACGCGAGUGAGUACUUACUGGACAGGCAGACAGAGCAGACGUAACCGAUCUGGAUGAGGUUGCGGUGGCAGAAGCA